AUGGCGAAUAAUCGAACACCAGUUCAUCCGAUUCCUGCUGAUUUUGCAGCAAUUCUUCAUUCGAACUUUCAACAAUUAAAUUGCCUUCCACCUUUUGAUAUCGAUUUUCUCGAUAAAGAUAAAGAUUGGUAUUUAUUGUGCUUCUUAAGAGAGCAACAAAGAAAUGGUCAUUCAUUUGAAGUUACCUUUGCAGCAUUAAGUUCUAUUGUCGGUGCUUUAUCUGAACAAUCAUAUUUUUAUGAUACUUUUAAUAAAAAUAUUGUUUUUUUAAAUCAGAACCAUCAUUUACUUGGAGAAAGUGCAUCAAACAAAAGCUCAAUAUGCCAUGAAAUUUCAUCAGCUUUACAAUGUGUUAUUGAAUCAUUUCCCAAUCGAUAUUCAUCUCCAAAAACAGUUUCGAAUAAUGAAAAUUAUGAAAAUUAUGACAAUAUUCAUAAAAACAAAAAUAAAAACAAAUCAUAUGCACAAGAAUACUCAUUAAUGGUAUCGAAUAUUACUGAAGUCGGUUUGAUCAACAACUUAUCUAAAAUCAAUACUACUCUAUUACACUCCGAUGGAGAUGUAGCUUUAAAUAAGUUUGGUUAUUAUGAUCAAGGUAGAAAUGAAACAGCAGCUGGAGUAAGUUUGUUCUGUGAUGCCUCCGAUGGCAUCCGUGGAGGAUUUAUCCGAGCGACAGGAAUAUCACAAAUAAUAAUCAAUCGACCAGUAGCACUUUUAAACAUAUUCAUUGCCAGUACUGGUACUAAAAUGGCUAAUAUGCUUCAACGUUUUUAUGAGUUACGAAUACAAGAUGGUAUUUUUGGUCGAGUCUUUUUUACAUGGUGUCCCAGUAUUAGUGAAUUACCAAUGGCGAAACCUAAAUGUUACACAAAUGUUGCUUCAUUUUCUCAUUUUGCAAAUUCAGUUGCACAUUUAUUUAUUAAUGAAUUUCAAUUUCGUUAUUCAGCACAUGAAUCUGAUUUUAUGAAUAUCAAUACGGAACAUUUGGAAGAUGAAGAACGUUUAAUGCAAGAACGAGAAAAACAAAACGUCACAACACCAGCUACAUAUGGUGUUACUUUGAACAACAAUGAUAUUCGUACAUGUGAUAUUGAUGGUGAUCAAGAUGAUAAUGAUGAACAAACUUCUUCAUUCAAACUUUUAAAAACAUUCGCUGCUGAUUGGUGGAAAUCAUCCAAUUCAGCUGAAGAUCAUUUAAAAUCGAUUCGUCGUAAAGUGAAUAGUAUGUUACCAAAAUGUAUUUGGUCAAUGAAAGUUAUUCGUAUUAUUUUUCGGUUAAUGAGUAAUAAUUUGAGGUAUAUCGAUCAGAAACAAGGCGAUCGAUCAACCUCCAAUUCGGCUUCUAUUGAUUUAUCAUUUCAACAAGCGAUGGAAACAUCCAUUAAAAAUUAUUUAUUAACUGAAUGUCACAAAAUUCGAGAAUCCAAAUGGAUAAUAUGGUCAAAUAAAAAUGAUAUUAUUGUUGGUUACAAUUGGUAUUUGAGAAAAAUGUUGGUUGUUGAAGCUCUUCUUACACUUAAAUCAUUACGUGAUAUUGUAGCUCAAAGAAUAGGAACAAAACCAAUCGAAAAAAAUCCAGAAGAAAUCAAAUUGGAAAAGGCAAUGAUCAAGGUUAUGAAUUUUUCAGUUGUUUUUUUUACACGACAAUAUUUAACAAAUAACAAACAAGGUGCAGGAUCUGGUCAAUUUUCUCAUUCAUAUAAUUUAAAACCGGACCAAAUUCUUUCUCCUUUAAUUGAGAAUGGAUUACUUAUUGGUGGAAACUUUAUUAAAAAUGGUCGUCAUAGAAAAGACAAUUCACAAUAUUCAUCAUACUGCAAACAAUUGCCAUCAGUGAUUCAAAACAAUCCAAGAAUAAAACAAGCUUUUGAAAGUUUGGGUUUGAAUAUGUCACAUUAUGAAACAACAUUUGAACAUCAACGUUUACCACUUGGUAUGGAGUUUACUAAUGAAGCUAUUGAUUUUAUGAAAAAUAAUGAUGGAUUUGUACAAUAUUAUCAUAACUAUUAUAAAGAAGACCAUCAUUUUCAAUUAUUCCGAGAAAUGGUAAACGAACGUAUUCUUCUUGGUGAAAUUAUACGAAAUGAAGGUAAAUUGCAUCCAACUGAUUCUAUUCUCAUCAACAACCAUCAAAAAGAAAAUAUCCAUAAUAAAACUAUUUUCAAAUUAAACAAUACUCCUUCAAAUUCUACAUUGGUAACAACACAUAUUACUGGAACACCUCAUCGUAUUCAAACGACUAGUGAAAUUACUUCUGAAUCGUUGACUGAUCGACAACUUCAAACAAUUGGUGAAGCAGAAGCUACUGUACACUCUCAACCAGAUAAUUCAGUUAAUACUGAAAAUGCAAGAGAACACGAACGACACAUUCUAAUGUUGUCAAACUUAACUGAAGAUAUUACUGGUUCAAAUAAACAAUUAUCAUCAUCACCACAUGAACUUUCACGUUCUCCGCGUGGUAACACGACAUUUACAUCAUCAUUGAAAACUUCCAAUAAAGAUCAAUUUGUUACCAAUUUUGAAGGUAUUCUCGGUGAUCAACAAUUUGAUCCAAAUAUGAUAGUAGAUAAGCCAAGAGAAGAUACAGUCGUUGACAAUUGGAUGUCUAGUGAUGAACAAAAUUCAACACAUGAACCAACAUUUUCACCUACUAGUGUAUUGAAGAAUCUCACAAAUAGCAUCACGACAUCUUCAACAGGUGCUAAAUAA